GCAUCCCUGGCACACAGCUCCGAUAUAUAUCGUAUCGGGUCAUAUGCAUCGUCUGUCAUUGUUUUUGCAUCUAAAGAGAGACUUUCUGUCAUGUAUUCGGCUCGUGCUAACAGAGCCGUCCUGUAGAUUAUACUUAAGUCAUCUGUCAACGCAGACCGAAUCCGUAGCCGGCUUCCCAUUGAUACCCAAAAUCCCUGAUUCCCGAUGAACGCCAGCGGUAACGGUGGUGCUGGCCAGGAUGGAGCCAGCACGAUGAUCGAUGCAAAUAGUGUGCUCAAUAAGAUCGCUAACCUGUACGCCGAAAAGCUGAUGUCGGACAUAGUGCUCCUGGUGGAUGGCAAGGAGUAUCCCGCCCACCGCGUGAUCCUCUGCGCCAGCAGCGACGUCUUCCAGGUGAUGCUAAUGAAUCCGGAGUGGAACGAGUGCAGCAAGCACGUUAUCGAGCUGCACGAGGAGGCCUGCUGCUCGGCGGUGUUUCCGCAGUUCAUCAAGUACCUAUACGUUGGCCACAUCGAGGUCACGUUGCAGACGGUGAUGCCAAUGCUGGCGCUGAGCGACAAGUACAAUGUGCGCGACCUGAUCGAUCUCUGCGUGGGCUACAUGAACAAGCACGUAGCCAAGGCGGCCACCAGCGGUUACCUCGUCUCCUGGCUGCAGUAUACGCUCUCCUUCACGCCCACCCACAACGAUCUCACCGAAACACUCAAGCGGUUCCUCAAAUGGAACCUGGAGAUGGUGGCCGAGUCGCGUGACUUUGUGGAAAUGGACCCGGCCAUACUGAUACUGCUGUUGCAGCAGAACGAUCUGGUUGUCACCAGCGAGUACAAAUUGUUUGCCAUCCUGCAGACGUGGCUGCUGCAUCGUCGCGAACAGAUGGAGGCCACUGGCAGUGGCGGCUUCAUGGAGUUGAUCGAGCAGACUGUGUGCCACAUCCGCUUCGGCAUGAUGACGCCGCGCCAGCUAUCACACCUGCUAAUGGAUCCGUUGAUCGAGUACCACAAGGAGUUCCUCGUCGAGCGCAUUGCCAUCGGAAUGAGCUAUCAGUCGGGCCAGGAGGAUCGUGUGCGGGAGGUGCGAGCCACCGAAUCGGGUGAGCUGCAGUUUACGCCACGACUCUAUUGGAACGACACCUGGAGCGUCGACAUAGAUGUGCACAACUUUGACGCGAUCGAGGACUACAAGAAUUAUGUGACCUGCUUCUUUUCGCAGCGUCACAUAGCCGAGACUGAAGAGGACGAUCCCUGCAUGACAUGGGAAAUCGAGUUUUUCCCGCGAGGCGUUAAGUACAACAAGGCCAAAAUGGUAUGGGGCGAGGACGUACCAGGCUGCUCCUUGAAUACAGUGCGAUUACGGGUUACCUGCAAGCACCAAAACAUCGGCGAGGAGCGCUUUAAGAUCGCCGUGCUGAUCGUGGGCAUGCAGAACCAGAUUAUGCACAUUCGCACAGUUGUGGAGCGUACGGAGUACUUCUCAGAUACGUCGCGCGUUAUCAACCUGGACAACCUGCUGCCCUACGAGGAGCUGGAGCACACAUCACCGUACUUGAGUCCCCAUCUGACGGGCACCGCACGAAACACGCUUACCCUGCACGUGGUCAUCACGCCGAUGGGCUCCCACACCUGCCGGGAUACGCCGCCGUUUCAGUUCUAAAACAAAAAAGAAAAAGAAGCGGUGCUGUGGGCAUCUCACCUAUAUCACCUCGUACUUCCCGGCGCAUCCACAGACACCUCAUGCAUCUACAGCCACCACUGUAUUUCAGCCUACCAUUUACAAUUUGUAUGUAUGUAAAAAUCCAAUACGACUGCGAAUCCCCCUGGGCUCAAUCUUUGCGAUCCGAACUGGCGGUCUACUACGGACCCCAAUCGAUCACAUCUCGAUUGCAAUACGAUUUGUUAUUAGUUUUUUUUUAUAUUACACUAUUUCCUAUAAGUAAAGCGCACCGACGGUGUGUGAGUUCUUAGACAGAGCCAUAUUCACUGAUUGAUGUUGGCCAUAAUGGACACGACGCCCAUGUGGUUUGGUACGUUAUUUAUUUUACCAUUUCGCAGAAGACUAUAGAAAGGAGAUUUUCUAAUAAAAGGUUAACUGUAAAAAACU